GCGCGGCGGCGGCGGCCGGAGGAGCGACGCGCGGCCCCCGAGCGCGCCCACGCCGUCCCCGCACGCGGUCCUCGACCCGCUCGGCGACCCCGCAGCCGACCCCGCGGCCGAGCAUGGGCGCGCGCUCCUCGGCCGGGCCCCGCGCCCGGGCCGGGCUCCUGCCGCCGCUGCUGCUGCUGCUGCUGCUGCUCGGGCCGCUGGCGCAGGGGGCGCGGGGCCGCGGCGGCGCCGAGAAGAACAGCUACCGCCGCACGGUCAACACCUUCUCGCAGAGCGUCGGCAGCCUGUUCGGCGAGGACAACGUGCGCGCCGCGCAGAAGUUCCUGGCCAGGCUGACCGAGAGGUUCGUCUUGGGGGUGGAUAUGCUCGUGGAGACGUUGUGGAAAGUGUGGACAGAGCUCUUGGACGUCCUGGGACUUGACGUCUCCAACCUGUCCCAGUACUUCAGUCCGGCCUCGGUGGCCAACAGCCCUGCCCGUGCCCUGCUGCUGGUGGGCGUGGUCCUCCUGGCCUACUGGUUCCUGUCUCUCACCCUGGGCUGCACCUUCAGCGUCCUGCACCUGCUGUUCGGUCGCUUCUUCUGGAUCGUGCGGGUCGUCCUGUUCUCCAUGUCGUGCGUGUACAUCCUGCACAAGUACGAGGGCGAGCCCGAGAGCGCCGUGCUGCCGCUCUGCUUCGUCGUGGCCGUCUACUUCAUGACCGGGCCCAUGGGCUUGUACUGGCGCGGCAGCCCCAGCGGCCCCGGCGGCCCCGGCAGCCCCGGCGUGGAGGAGAAGCUGGAGCACCUGGAGAACCAGGUCCGGCUGCUCAACAUCCGCCUCAACCGGGUGCUGGAGAGCCUGGACCGCAACAAGGACAAAUGAAGGUCGGCCGGCCGCCUGGGUCCUCUUCCACCAGCGCGGGCUCUCGGAAAACCAAAAAGGAAGAAAAAAAAUAGCAACAACCCUAAACACUCUUAAUAAACACUGCUGAGCGAGACGGUGGCACUUUGGGAGGGUGUGAGGAGGGCGUCUGUCCGACGCCACGCCACGUGUCGGCAGCGGGAGGAACAUUUUUUAAACAAAGGCUGUAACCAUAUUAGCUGUACAGUCAGAGAGAUUUAUCUGUGCAUAGAGCAUAAUGUUACUUUUUCAAGCAUUUAAAUACAUCUUUUGUAAGGCUUUUUUAA